UCUUGAAACUAGGAAGAGGAGGAGAAGAAGCCAUGGGAGUAAACAAUGCCAAUGGCACAACUCCAUUAAUCUUUUCCCCUCAAAAGGAAACACCCAUGAUUGCUCCCAAGCUGUCCUUUUCAGCUUAGGAAGUUGAGCUUCCAAGCCAUCCCCCUCUCCCUCCCUCCCUCCUCCUCCUCCUCCUCCUCCUCCUCCUCCUCCUCCUCUUUAAAUCUCCUCCUCUCUGCUUCACCCAAUUCACAUCCCAUCUGCUCCCUCGGUCACAGUCAUACAGACCUCAUGAAGCCUUCUUCCAGCUCUGUCAAUGGCUUCUACGCCUUCCUUGCGCAUGGCCUCGAUGAUCUUGAAAGCUCUUUCGAGUCGAACAACUUCAUGUCACUUCAGUUCCUUGAGAAGGCCAUCGCGCUGCUGCGGUCGGUCCACGCCAACCUCACCCACCUAGUCCAGAAGCUCCAUCUGCCUGCGGGUGAGAAGUGGCUCGACGAGUGCAUGGACGAGAGCUCUCGCCUUUGGGAGGCUUGUCAUGCCCUCAAGACAGGCAUCUCGAGCAUGGAGACCUUUUACGCUACCGGUGCCGGCAUGAUCUCCGCGCUCGACGAUAGCCAUCGCAGCAAUCCUCAGCUCACCCGACAGGUGAUGCGGGCGAUCUCAGUCUGCCGGAGAGGCCUCGUGGGGCUUGAAGGGGAGAACAGAGUGAUGGUGGAGACGAGGAUCGCACCUCUGUCUCUCCGGUUCGACGAGAAGAUCCCUGCCGAAUCUAAGCUAAACGGGUUCAAUGGAUUCACAGGAGUGCUACUCGCAAGCAGAAACGUUAGUUGCUUCCUCCUGACGAUCCUUGUAUGGGGUUUGGUGCAUUGGUGGCCGAACUCGAGCUCCACUACGUCUGCUGCUGGCGAGGGCUCACUGUUCUCGGGCUCAGGUUUCAUGGCGUCCACGUCGAGAUUGCAGCAGAGGGUGGAAGCCGAGGUCGAGAGAGCGGGUGGUCGGCCAGGAAUCCUGUUGUUCGAGUUCCAAAGGGUGAGGGCUUGCUUAGAAGAGCUCAGAGAGGAGCUGGAGAGGAGUGGAGGGCAUGACGCAGAAAGCGGAAGCAUCCAGGAGAGGGUGGAGAGCUUGAAAGUUUCGUUUGGCCUACUCAGGAAUGGAACCGAGAACAUAGCUUUGCAGCUGGACGACUUCCUUGAUGAGAUAGUAGCAGGGAGGAAGAAACUCUUGGAUGUCUGCAGUCGUAGGUAGAAGAAAGGUAAAUAUGUAAAGAGAGAGAGAGAGAGAGAGAAGGGAGGGUGCAAUAGACUUUUGAGGUGCUCUUUUCUGCUCUCUGUUCUCAGAUCAAUCACCAUAUGGAAGAUUGAAGUGGAGAAGGACAAUAUAAAUUAUACUACAAACUAUUAUUGGUUUGCAUGAAGAGAGAGAAGCAAUGAGGUUUGCAGUUCUACAAGAGAAGAGUUGACAUGGGAACGGUGGAAAAGAGAAGCAUCACAUCUCCAACAGCAGCCCUUCUUCUCACUGUAAGAACUUUCAGACGAAAGGUGGCUUUUGUUCCUCUGCACAAGCCAACCACCAGGCCAUACUUGUGGAAACUGCGAGCAUUCAGUGAAUGCAAAUGAUAUCAUAACCUUUCUUACUCUCUCUCUCUCUCUCUCUCUCUGUUUCCGAGUCUCCCACCUUCCAUCACUUCCUGUGUCACUUCAUCCUGUCACUAAUGAUUCCACUGGGACAAGAGGAGGAGGGGAGGGAGGGGCCUAAAGAUUCCUUGAUCUCGGAGAGAGGAAAGGGAAUAGAAACAUAGUAUUAUGGAAGCUUUUGUCUGCUUCAUUAAUGCUCAAUGCCAACAUAGAAUCAAAGCCUCAGCAGGCACUCUGACAUGUCUGCUGCUUUAUUCCCA